AUGAUAGUAUCAUACCUCAUGGUAAUAGUACACCUCAUGAUGAUAGUAUCAUACCUCAUGAUGAUAGUAUCAUACCUCAUGGUGAUAGUAUCAUACCUCAUGGUGAUAGUAUCAUACCUCAUGAUGAUAGUAUCAUAACUCAUGAUGAUAGUAUCAUACCUCAUGAUAGUAUCAUACCUCAUGAUGAUAGUAUCAUACCUCAUGAUGAUCGUAUCAUGUUCCAGCAUCGCAGGUCUCCACAGAUGUCCUCAGUAAAAAACCAAAGACCAGACUUCCUUUUCUUGAUGCCAGCCCAAAAGGAGAAGUGAGAGCGAGAGUGAGAGAGGUUUUGCAUGCUGUUGGUUUUUUCAGCAUCCGUGAAAUUUGAGCAUAAGUGAGAGACGUCGUUCACCUCCUCUUUGGAUCAUUAACAAAAGAAAAAUAAACGCUUGUCGUAUCCGAAUAAAUCACAUGCAAUCAAGCAUGAUGGGCCCCGCCGUCGUCAGCGUGAUGAUCCUCCGAGCGCUGCUGUGCGGAGCUCAGAACAGCUCCUUUAGUUUGCCAGCCUCCACCCAAGGAGAAAAGGCAUCUGACCGCGUCGCGUCUGCAGUCCCAACAUCCUCGCCUGCCGCCUCUCACCUGCCGCUUCAUCUGACCUCUGCUGCCAGCGGCACUGCCGCACCGGUCGGCAUGCUGGACAGGAAGGAGUGUCUCCCCCUCUUGAUGCUGGCGGGGGGCCUGGCCCUCGUUUGUGCCCUCCUGCUGCUUUCCACUUUGAUGCUGACCUGCAAAGUCUGCCAGAUGAGCAGACGCAUCAACAUGCUGGCCACCAGGUCCCUCAGCUGCACCCCAUCGGCCGCUGGGAACAAAACUCACUUGGAGACGGACGGCAAAGAGAUCGGCAUGCUUUUGGGCCUCUUGGAGGGAGGGGACACGAGACCCCGAGCAGAAAGGGAGGAGGUGCAAGAGAAUGAAGAAAAGGGAGAAGAGAAGCAGAAGGAUGCCGAAGAGACAGCUGCAGUUGAUGAGUCAGCGCUUCCAAAGCAGCAAAGAGUGGAGGAAAACACCUCAGAUGCCCCCUCCCCCCAUGGCACAGAGGCAACAUUCUAGAUGCGGAAACCAUCCGACCUUUUAGUGCUGCCAGGCAGCCUUGGCUUGAUGAGUAAACGUAAAGCUUAUCAACAUGAUAAUAGCGAGCUUUGGCACCGACCUUUUAUUACCAAUGGCUUGCCACUUUGGUAAAUAAACGUUAGCAAGCAAUCUCUAGCGUGUUUGCCUGCCUGUCUACGCUUUCUCACGCUGGAAUACCUUCCAUGUACUUUCAAUGAUCCCCAAAGAAUAUCACAAUACCGUGAUUGCUUUCAAAUGGCUAAGCAAAUUUGUCAUAUGGCAAAAUGAUGUGUAGGUUUACUACAGUGUAGCAUGCAACCUUCAUCCUUAUUGAUUUUAUGUUUUUAACAGCUGCAAGGACACACCCUUCAUUUUAUAAAAGCCAAUUAGAAAUAUAAUAUUUCACUAAGAUGUAAAAAUGCAAAAACUUUUCUCACCAAGCUCUGUGUUAGGGUUAGGGUUGUUGGUGCAAUACUGCCCUGACCUAUCAGCGAGAAGGGUGAUGGGGUGAAAGUAAGCAUCACCAUACAUUACUGUAUAUCACCAUACAUUACUGUAUAUCACCAUACAUUACUGUAUAUCACCCUGUAUCACCAUACAUUACUGUGCAUUACGUGUGUGGGUGGAUGGAUGGAUGGUGGAUGAUGGAUUGAUGGAGGGAUGAUGGAUGGAUGGAUUGAUGGAGGGAUGAUGGAUAGAUUGAUGGAGGGUGGAUGGAUUGAUGGAUGGAUUGAUGGAGGGAUGAUGGAUGGAUUGAUUGAUGGAGGGAUGAUGGAUGGAUUGAUUGAUGGAGGGAUGAUGGAUGGAUUGAUUGAUGGAGGGUUGAUGGAUCGAUGAAGGGAUGAUGGAUGGAUUGAUUGAUGGAUGGAUUGAUUGAUGGAGGGAUGAUGGAUGGAU